GUAAUGAAAGUGGGUGUGACUAUUCAGCGCUACGUAAGCUUCAGGAAUGCUCGCCCGUGGGUCACCCAUGCUUACAAGAAUGUGAAAGGACGAGGAGUUAGGCAGACAUCCCAGGUGGAUGAUUCCUUUGAUGCUGACAGUCAAUCCUUGCAGGAGAGUUUGUCUAAUCCCCUCGGGUAUCGAAACACUGGUGCCCCCACCCCGGGGCCAGCAGGGGAUGCAACUUCCGCCCCUAGAACAGUAGGCAACCUUUCAUCCCUGGCUGCAUCUGACCAAUCAGUAGUCUCAGAAUUGACCUCUGACAGAAAGGGUCAGCCUAGCAGUAGUGAUAAAGAGACAUCUAAAUCUAUGAGCACCAAGGGAAACAACUCUGAUCAACAGAUAGCAGAAGAAACGGGGGACGAAUCUGAUUUAGCUACCAACGUACAGGGCAAAGGAGAUCAGUCUGGUGAGGGUAGUUCAAAGACCAGGCCGGAAGCAGUUCCAGAGCGUCCAAAGAGAUGCAGGGAGCGAAAGAAAUCCACCUCUGAUGUUGGUGGCCCUUCCACACCCCAACCAACUAGUACUUACCAGAGGGUGCGGCUGCUCUGUUCUCCCUGGAGGAAGCCUGAAGGAAGCAUCAAUAAACACGUGUUCAAAACCAUGAUGGAAUCAAUGAUGUUGAAGAUCAUGGCUUCACCAGGAAUUAGCCUCCAGACCCUGUGUGAGAACUACACACCCUACAACCAACCCUUCUUAAAACUCCAGUUACUCGAGAUUCUUGAAGACCUCAAAGCUAUUGAAAAGACCGUUAUCAGACGACAAAAUAAGACGACCCUUUUCAGUAAACGAGUCCGACCCAAACUAGCCACAGUACAGAAAGAAGAGGAUACAGUGGUUUACUUCCCAACCAAAAUGUGUAUUACAAGACUGGGGCAGUUUUUGGUGUAUGUCAAUGGGCAUUGAUGUCAUAUGCCUGGACAUGCCAUGGAAUAUGUCAUCCCACACCUGGACAUGUCAUGGAGUAUGUCGUCUCACACCUGGACAUGUCAUGUAGUGUGUCGUCUCACACCUGGACAUGUCAUGGAGUGUGUCAUCCCACACCUGGACAUGUCAUGGAAUAUGUCAUCCCACACCGGGACAUGUCAAUAUACGAUUGGACCAUGUAUUCUUUAAUUAAAAUGAAGAUGUGACAUUGACUUAAUUUAUGCAAAUGUAUGGUAAUAUGUCAUAAUAAAUAUCUUGAAGA